AUGACGUCGACCACGUACAAUAAUAUGACUCAGGAAGUCAGUUUUAGUUUAGUGUCAGAGCACAUCAAGAUUUUUUUAUACGUCUUAGUCUUCAUCUUUUUCAGCCUCUUCCUCUUCUUCAUCUCUCUGAUACUGCACAUCUUCUUCAGCACUCCCAGCAUCCGAGAGCACGCCCGCUACAUCCUCUUUGCUCACAUGUUGAUCAAUGACUCCUUGCAUCUGGUGGAUGGACUAUGUCUUCUGAUUGUCGCCGUGAAUGCUGUAUACAUUCCGUUUCCUAUUUGCUAUGUCUUUGUCUCCAUGGCGACAGUUUCCUUUAGGGUUACCCCCUACAACCUGGUGGUCAUGGCUCUAGAACGCUAUGCCGCCAUAUGUUUCCCUCUGACCCAUGUGACUCUUUGUUCGCCGCGGAGGUCUAAAUUUGCCAUUGCCAUCAUAUGGUUCCUUGGACUUUUACCAAAUAUAGUUGACUGUGUUAUCCUGAGUACUUCAGUGAACAAGAAAAUCUUUUCCCUUAGCAUAAUAUGCAGCCGCAAAUAUGUAAUAGUGAGCCAAAUCCAAUCGCUCCUAAGCUCCAUUUUCCUCUUCACCAGUCUCGUGUUGGCUGGACUCAUCAUUGCCUUCACCUAUAUUCGUGUGAUGUACAUUGCCAAGAACAUGAGCUCCAAUAAUGGCUCGGCCUCAAAAGCUGGGAAAACCGUCAUGCUCCACGCCGUGCAGUUUCUCCUCUGCUUAUUUUCCUUAACAUCCUCAGUAUUUGAAGAACGCUUCAGAAGCAGUUUUUACCAGCUCUCCCUGGUCAACUUUCUGAUCUUUGUGUUUCUUCCCCGGUUUCUCAGCCCCAUCAUUUAUGGUUUAAGGGACCAAGCACUUUGCAAAUGCAUGAGGAGUCUUCAAAUUGUAAGGGUUCUUUUACCCUGCACGAUUUCAGGCCAAUCAUGA